AUGCCUCGUCCACACCUUUCGCAGGAUCCCUACAACCUGGAACGCAUGGGUAUAAUGGAAACGAUACACGAGGUCAUUUACCUCCUUCGUAAUACCACCAAUCGCGUUCCCCAAAUCAUCGACAUGCUAAAUGGAAUUUUUGGAAAGCUUCCCAAUGCAAUCUCAAGCUCUGCGUCGGAACGUGAUUACGAGUUCGAGAUAUGUACCCUUGACCUUGAGCAAACGAUUCCCACAUCUAUCUCGCGCAUUCGGCGCUCUGACGAUGAAAAUCUCAAGAGCUUUGCCAAGGAGCUCAUUGACUGCAUCCCUGAGAGCUUACAGAACCCUGCUCUAUGGGACCUUGAAGUCGGGGAGGCUACCUCAGAAGCUGGAAGUGCUGGGAGACAGCAUGUCCGUCGUGAAGAUGGCCAUCGACACUCUGAGUGCCAUCGCAGGGGAGUGAAUGACCACCAGACUGUCCACCAUCAAAGUCGUCAUCAUUCUCAAGCUGGUCAUCAUUCCAAUGGACAUGAUCCUAACUGCCCCGUUCACGGGCGUGGUCAUUACCGCCGCAGGUAG